AUGGCUUCCCUAAAUGAAAACUCCGUCCCUGAUUUGGUCAAGGUAGAUGUUGACCGUUCCGAGAAGCCCGUGAAGAAUGAUGCUCGCGAAGCUGCAGAACGCGGACAGAUUGCGACCGAUAAAUACGGGAAUCCCCUCGUAGAACUCGACCGAGCUGCUGAGCGCAGGCUGCGCACGAAAAUCGAUUUCUAUAUCGUGCCAACAGUGGCAUUGCUGUAUUUAUUUUGCUUUAUUGACCGGGCUAAUAUUGGAAAUGCAAGACUUGCCGGGCUUGAAAGCGAUCUCCAGCUAAAGGGCUACGAUUACAAUGCCGUCCUCAGCAUCUUUUAUGUCUCGUACAUUAUUUUCGAGAUUCCGUCCAACAUGCUCUGCAAAUGGAUUGGCCCAGGAUGGUAUCUUCCGGCAAUCAGCCUUGCCUUUGGGAUCUGCUCCAUUGCCACGGCAUUUGUUGACAGUAUGGCCGCUGUCUGCGGAGUCCGCUUCUUGCUUGGUGUUUUUGAAGCAGGUAUGCUUCCUGGAGUCGCAUACUACAUGUCCAGAUGGUACAGAAGAAGCGAGCUCGCAUUUCGUCUAUCGCUUUACAUUGUCAUGUCGCCAUUGGCCGGCUGUUUCGGCGGGCUACUUGCCUCCGGAAUCCUGAAACUUGCCAGAUUUGGAAGUCUACACGAGUGGCGUAUGAUUUUCGCCAUCGAAGGUAUCAUCACAAUUGGCCUGUCGCUUAUCAGCUUCUUCACAUUGACCGAUCGCCCGGAAACCGCCGCAUGGCUUACAAAAGAAGAAAAAGAGCUAGCCAUUGCGCGUGUAAAAUCUGAGCGGGUGGGCACCACCGAGGUUUUGGACAAAGUUGACCGGACCAGAAUGAUGAAAGGCUUAUUCAGCCCGGUCACAAUGGCAACAUCUUUUAUAUUCCUCCUGAACAACAUCACAGUUCAGGGGCUGGCAUUUUUCCUACCCACCAUCAUUCGCGCCAUCUACCCGAACCAUAGCGUUGUGCAACAACAGUUGCAGACUGUCCCCCCCUAUGUCGUGGGGGCUUUCUUCACAGUCUUCAUCCCGCUCCUUAGCUGGCGCUUUGAUAGACGCAAUAUUUUUAUGAUCGUUGCAGGCCCUCUGGUCAUGGUCGGCUACAUAAUGUUCCUUGCCUCAAGUAAUGCCCGAGUCCGCUAUGGGGCCACGUUUCUGAUCACCAGCGGAGCUUUCUCUUUCGGCGCGCUCUGCAACGCGCAGGUGUCUGCAAACGUAGUAUCAGACACAGCUCGAUCGGCGGCGAUCGGCAUGAACGUGAUGUUUGGCAACAUCGGCGGCUUGAUCUCAACCUGGGCUUUUCUCCCUCACGACCGGCCAGAUUACCAUAUCGGCAAUGGGCUCAAUUUGGCUACGAACGGAGCAAUGCUUAUUGUAGCGAUCCUGCUGCAGAUUUGGGCAAAGAUGGAUAACAAGAAGAGGAAGGGUAGGGAUGUCGAUGCCGAGCUGGCCGGCCUGGACCAGAAAGCGGUUCAGAACCUCGACUGGCAGCAUCCGGCAUUCCGAUGGACGCUGUGA